GGCCGCGCGCGCCUCCGACCGCGCGCGCGGCCCGCUCCCGCUUAAAUAGCGGCGGGGGAGGCCGCGGUCGGUCUCACACUCCACCGUCGGCUCACACAGCGCUUCUUCCCGCUGCUCUUUCGUCCCGUCCUUCACCGAUCGCAAUGGAAGAAGAAAUCGCCGCACUCGUCAUUGACAAUGGCUCCGGCAUGUGCAAAGCUGGCUUUGCUGGCGACGACGCCCCUAGGGCCGUGUUCCCGUCCAUCGUAGGUCGCCCCCGACACCAGGGCGUCAUGGUGGGCAUGGGCCAGAAGGACUCCUACGUGGGUGAUGAGGCCCAGAGCAAGAGGGGUAUCCUCACCCUCAAGUACCCGAUCGAGCACGGCAUUGUCACCAACUGGGAUGACAUGGAGAAGAUCUGGCACCACACCUUCUACAACGAGCUGCGUGUGGCCCCUGAGGAGCACCCGGUGCUUUUGACCGAGGCCCCCCUGAACCCCAAAGCUAACAGAGAGAAGAUGACGCAGAUAAUGUUUGAAACCUUCAAUACCCCAGCCAUGUACGUGGCCAUUCAGGCGGUGCUGUCCUUGUAUGCAUCUGGGCGCACCACUGGCAUUGUCAUGGACUCUGGUGACGGGGUCACACACACAGUGCCCAUCUAUGAGGGCUACGCCCUUCCCCACGCCAUCUUGCGUCUGGACCUGGCUGGCCGGGACCUGACAGACUACCUCAUGAAGAUCCUGACUGAACGGGGCUACAGCUUUACCACCACUGCUGAGAGGGAAAUUGUUCGUGACAUAAAGGAGAAGCUGUGCUAUGUUGCUCUGGAUUUUGAGCAAGAAAUGGCUACUGCUGCAUCCUCCUCCUCCUUGGAGAAGAGUUACGAGCUGCCUGAUGGGCAGGUGAUCACCAUCGGCAAUGAGCGGUUCCGGUGUCCGGAGGCACUCUUCCAGCCUUCCUUCUUGGGCAUGGAGUCCUGUGGCAUCCAUGAGACCACCUUCAACUCCAUCAUGAAGUGUGAUGUGGACAUCCGCAAAGACCUGUAUGCCAAUACAGUGCUGUCUGGUGGUACCACCAUGUAUCCAGGCAUUGCUGACAGGAUGCAGAAGGAGAUCACAGCCCUGGCACCCAGCACAAUGAAGAUUAAGAUCAUUGCUCCCCCUGAGCGCAAGUACUCAGUCUGGAUUGGAGGCUCCAUCCUGGCCUCACUUGCAGCCUGCUUCCUUGUUGCCUAUAUCGUCUCCUUCAUCUGGGCGGCAGGAGUCCAGGGCGACGCGGGUGGUCAGCCCAGUCCCCCAGGCACUCUCGAGGCGGGGGUGCAUGCCCAGGCUUCCCCGCACCAGAGAGCGCGGCCACGGCGCUUUGUCCUAAGGAGAAACCGGCUUCCCGUGCCCACAGUGGGGCGCGCCGGAUCACGUGGGGACCGCGGGACCCAACAGUAG